CCGCCGGCAGCUGUCUACCGCCCUACUCCGGCCACAUGCUCUACAGUCUCAUGACAUCUUCGUUGAAGGAGAGCAGCAGCAGCAGCAGCGGUACCCUUGAUGAGCGCUACUGGUCGGCUCUCGGAGCAUGGCUGGACGUGGAGCGCAGCUCGCUCCCCUCUCUGCGGGCACAAGUCCAAUCGCAGCCUCUACAGUUUCUCACUCAGAACAUCCCCCGGCUGCCCGAGCAUCUCCUCCGUCCUCAAGCCGCGCUCACCACACCACAGCAGAGGGCAAAUAUUUCUCUCAUUCGGCAGCGAAGGAGAUGUCAUGCCGAGCUCAGGAAGCCCGAAGAGCUGGAAGUGAGAGGAAGCCGCCGCAGACUGGGACGACUUUGGAAGGUCAUAGUGGGCAAGCAGACUGAGCCGGCGGUGAAGAAGGAGAAGGCAGACGAAGACGAAGACUUGGAUCCUGCUUUUCCGGGUGUGCCAGAUCUGAGCAACUUGCCGAACGUCGGGGCCAAUGGGGUCAAGCUGCCUCGGUACGGCCCUCUCCACCAAGGCGAGCUAUUUACCAAUCCCAGACUGGCCAGACUGUUGGACGAGCAGGAUGAAGAGGAGGCACAACUCAGCGCGGCAGAGCAAGAGGAAGAGGAAGAGGAGGAAGAAGACGAUGUAGAAGACGAUGAAGAGAUGGGCAAUGGCGCAGAGGUUGAUGAGGAAGACGUCGAGGCGUUCAGGAUCGCAGUGCUGGACCGCUUCAUACGGGGUGACCCAACUUUAAAUCCUUCUAUCUACGCCGCCAUCGAUUUUGAUGAAUCUCUCGACCCAGCAUCGGCCAACGAGGAUGGUGCAGGCAGUCGGGAGGGUCUUGCCUUCGACGUCUCCCGUGGAACCGCUGCUCAAGCCGCCCUCGAAAGAGAGCGACUGGACGAAGACAGCUACUUCGACGAUGAGGACGAGAGCUGAGGUCAAAGCAUUGUGUGCUACUUUCAAUUUCUUUCGCAGUCCAAUGUACUAUACACAAAUGUAAAUCAAAAUCCCAUGAUCCAUAUAGCC